GCAUUCAGUGUUUAACAUGUCGUGGUCGGUUGCCGUAGUCGUCGUCAAGACUAAAAUUUUCUCACCGCCCAAGUCAGACUGAGGGAGAGGAAGAAGGUGUUGUAUAAUCACCUGGUCUGCGAACCGUGAACUGUGCCGUGGGUGCCCUGUGGGACAACAGGCAGGACACGCGGGAUAUGGCCUAGUGUCCUCGAUAGUUGAUAUAUACAUGAGAGAAUAAUAUCACCCUUAUCGCGUAAUAUGUGUGUAUCGAUUUUGCAAGCGAUUUUGCACCGAUCGACGAUUUUUUCAAUGUUCGACCGUACUUCCGGAAAACGCGAGUUGUGUGUUUUAUUGUGCUCGAAUAGCUAGAAGUAGGACCUUGUUUCUGUACCACACCAAGCCAAGUCAAACCGAGUCCGCGUUUUACGAAUUUAAUCAUCAUAUUUAAACUAUUUAACAAUCACAAGAGCGUCGUCGUCGUCUGACUUGAUUAGCACAGGACCAAACAAGGCAGACCUCAUCUUACUAAGCUAAUCGAGUGCUCGAGCGACGCGAAACGCGAGCAUUAUUUGAAAUCAGAUUGAAAUCGAUAGGCAGGACACAUCGACUAGAAGGAGUAGUCCUUUUUUUUUGCUUCCUGGGAUCCCAUAACCUUCCAUCACCACCACCACCCCCAGCAGCGGCGGUUUUUACUCAAUGGCGAAGGGUGCCAGGAAGAAAACGAAAUGGGUCCUGUUGACGAUGGCAACGACGGUUCCACCAACCGAGAAAGAAGCCGAUGCAUCUUCCAAACUACCUUGGGAGACCAAACCUUCCUCCGAUGAUUGUAACGCCACCACCAUCACCACGCAAAACUCCGAGUACAACGUCCAGACCAGGCCGGAGGAUCAGGACAGGGGUACCACUGUCAACUCGUCGUCAUUUUCGAACGGUUAUCGCACAUCAUCCUCACAUCACUAUCCGCCAUCGCACCAUAGAAGUUACAGUAGAUCCCAUCAUCACUAUUCCGGUAGCAGUAGGAAAUCUCACUACGGCGGCAGUGGCAGCAACUACAGAAGUAGCUACAAUUCCACUGCCGAGGUCAGAAACGAGCAGACCAGUUCUGUUACUAUUAACGAAGACGAAUACACGAAAAUCACAACUCCCCGGCAAGAUGUCCUGUUCAAGAAGGGCUAUCUGUCCAGACCAAAGAAGCACCUGUCGGCAACCCCGAGCGACAACGUCAAUGGUUCCUCAACGACGACGACGACCACCGAUGGAAGUGAUAUCGCCACCGGAAGUGGGAGCGUCUCGACGGCGGAAUCGGUCACGUCGGACUCGACCUACCUGACCGAUGGCAUGUUCAUGGACUCGUACCCGACGCCGUACCCCUAUUUUGGCUACAUCGACCAAAGUGGAGUACUUGUGAUGAACGGGUUUGCCGUUGACAGUAAUGGCUAUUCCUACAUGAACGGUGGCCAGACUUACAUUUACCCUCCCAACUACAACCUGUCGCAGUCGCAGACUUUUGAAGAAAACGAAGAAGGUGCGGAUGUGCAGCAACCGGAUAGUUCGACGGAGUCGGAAUUGCCGACGGCCGACGACGGCGGAUUGUUGGCCGAAAGUGAUGCAAGUGCCAACGAAGGUUCGGACCAGACCAAGGCAGAUGGAGGUCUCGAAGAUGGUGGUGGUCAAACGGUGGAUGAUGAGGAGAUGACACCGCAGCAAUUCUUAGCGCCUUACGCGAACGGUUAUGAUUACGCUCAAUUUUAUAAUAAUUUCUACUAUCCUGGCUGUGUGAUGGCACCGUUUCCGGUGGUCGAAAAUGGACUGUACUACGACCAAUUUGAAACACCAAGUGAUAACCAGUUUGAUUUCAAAAAGCACCGAAAAUGGGCGCGCAAUUGGGAAGAGUAUCCUGUACAAAUGCAAGGCGAAACAAUGACUGAAGAGACCUACCAAGAUCCUAGCUUUUUAUGCACGCCGCUAGCCGAAGAACCUGUGACUACCACCACUGAAGUGCCUGUAAACGCUACUCAACAGGAGCCAACUCAAGCUUCUGCUACUGUUCCUUCAACGUCCACCGUACCGCGUCCACCCGCAAAUUCUCACAAAACUUCUAGUCAGCCAUCGCCGCAAGCCAAGUCCCAGCCGAGCAGCAAAUCCAUCGAACCGCGAUCUCAACGGCAGCCAAACCAAACCGCGAGCGUCGUCGCCGUCGCCACCAAACCGAAAACCGCACAGUCUCAGAAAAUUCGCAAAAAGGAUCUGAUCGAGUCGACGCGCGCCUUUGCCGAGCAGAACAUCGACCUGUCGAGACCCACGUACCUGCAGCGAGCGUCGUCGUCGCGCCACGAGGAGUCGACUACGUGGCGAACCGUUUGCAACGGGAAGGAGGUGGCGAUCGAGGAGCAAGAUCGCGCGAUUGAGAGUGGAUCAAAGCUGGAGAUUAUCCAGGAAGCGCCGGAAACGACGAUUGCCAACGAACCGGUUGUGAUUGAAGAGUCGAAGCCGAUCGAGUUGAAAGCGGAAAAGAAGGAAUCGAAAAGAGGGAAAAAGACUGCCAAGGGAAAGGGAAAGAAGGCGAAAAGACAAAACGUGGCACAGCGGCAGGGAAAGGGUUUCGAGGUGAUCGAGCCGGAGUUUACAAGGGUCGUUGCUUCGCCGGUAGCUGAAGAAGAGCCUUCGGAAGUUGAAGAAGAGGAUCGGGAGGAGGUUAUCGAGCAAGUUUUUGUAAAGGAAGAUCAAGCUGAGGUUGAACUUGUGAUGCUGAACGACGAUGACUCACAGACGGUGAUUGAAGCGAUCGAGGCUGAAGAGGAUCUGGAGCAAAUGCUGCAGGACGUUCAACUCACCGACAUUCACGUUGAGGAAGAAAGUGUCGCUGUGAGCCGUGAGGAUCAUGCUGAAGACACAGUGGAAACGGUAGAAGAAGUUGUGGAGAGUGAUCUUCUGCAGGUGAUCGAUAGCUUAAUCGAAGAAAUUGAUGAAGUAACCAGUGUGUUUGAAGAACAUCCCGCGCCCGUUCAAACUGAAGAUCCUGCACCAGCAGUGUGUGACAAUACGAUCGCACCGUUUGAACACGAGGACAUUAUGUGCGAAACGUGUGUGUCUCUAAUCUCGUGUUCCGUCGACGGAGGUGACAAGGAGGAAGAGAUCGAGGAGUUUAGGCAUUUCUCCGGCGAAGAAGACGGUGAACAUGUAGACUCGGGUGUUCAGAGUCCGGCCGCGUUCAUUUCACCGGCUUUGGCUACGAUCGAGGAAAAGAAGGAACGUUCCUACUCCGGCAGUGGACUGCACGUGACCGAUGCCGUGACCAAGUGGCUCUCGGAAACGUUGAGCAGCACGACGCGGCUGGAAGAGCUGUUUGUGCUUCCGGAGAAUCCCGCGUUACUCCACCGAAUUCAGCAAUUUCACGUGCUAAACUUUGAAGAUUCUCUCGCGUUCUUCUCCGACACGUACAGCAGCAGCAGCGCAAGCAGCGGCGACGAAGCUGACGACGCAGACAGCGAUUACAUGAGCGAUGUGCAGGUGAAGAAAGCCCAAAAGACAGAAUCCCAGAAAGACCAGCUUGCCAAGCAGACUGCGAAUGGUCACCUUCAUCGCCAGCCGAUGACCGGAGAUCAUUCUAAUUGUAAGCAAAAACGCUGUAUUAUUAUGUAAUGCCAUAUGCAAAACCCCAAAAAAAAACAAAGCAAAACAAAAAAAACUAUCGUUAUAUGCAAGAAAAAAAUGAAAAGAAAAAAAAUGUGCGCAAGAAAAAAAAACAAAAAGUAACUACAAGCUAAAUAAUUAUGAAAAUACUACUUAAUCUUAUGCCAUAAAACAUGUAUCAUUUUUCGCGCUUUCUGUUUGUACUUGUUCUGUUGCAUUCAUUUGAACUUAACCAUUAAAACUUUGGAAUAAAUUGACGAAACAACAAACUUAUUCCCGAA